UAUACAAUGUCGGCCUAACGAAGUUGCCCUUGACAAGUUAUUGACUUCUGUUUUUUUAAGAUAUGCAUUAUUCAAGUGUGGUAGAAUAUGAUUAUACAAUUAUCCAAAAGGUUUUUCUUUACUUUACAAAUAUAAGUCAGCGGAAUUACUAUUUGAUAAAGUACACGUAUCUGCAGAAAAAAGUUAAACGUAAAGGUUGUUUAUAAUCUUGUUCAUGGAACGUUAAUUCAUGAAGCUUGAUAUCAAAAUGCCAAUUGAUAUUUACAACAAAGAGUUCCAAAACUGGUUAAAGGGUGUAUUUGCACUUAACACAACAAGGGAUGCAUUGUGCAAAUGUGUAGUCGAAAAACUCGGUGAUUAUAUAAAAGACAUUCCCAAAGAAACAUUGGAACAAUUUUUCUGUUGCCUACGUUUAAAUAGUAUCAUGCAAUUAAAGACGCAGAAGAAAGGUAAAAUAAGAUGGCAAUGUGAGCAUGAAAAAUGCAGAGAACUGAUGGAUAGUUUUGUCAAAAAACACGCAGACAGAAGAAUACUUAAAUAUCAAUGGACACUUAUGCAAGCCCAGACUGAUUUGUCCCAGUCAAACUUGGAAAGCAUGGACAGUUCUGAUGUAAUUAAUCAAUAUGGUGGAAACAAAUUAAUUUGGAAGGUUGCAACCUUGUACAUGUUUGUUGAAAAGGGAGAAACUACAAAGAGAUAUCAAAAUUUAGACGAUCUUGAUAUAUCAAAAGUAAUCAAAAUAAUGAGAAGUUGUGAAAUAUUUAUUCCGGAUGGUGAGUAG